GGUGCCCCAUCCUCUCCCUCUCUCUGAUAGCCWCCCCACGUCCCCAUUGCUUUUGUGAGUGGUUUUGAGUGUUUGGCCUGCUAAAUUUAGCCUAUUGAUGUAAGCUGCAUUCCGGUGACAACAGACACAGAGACACCCCCCAGCAGUUUGGCUUCAGUGGCCGGGAGUGUGAAGAUCAGGGUGGAUCGAAACUACCUAGGUCGACCCCUAAGCCUCCUUGCCUUCCAGUCAAGGAUACAGGUCGUUUAAAAGACAGACAGGACACACACACACAGGUAUGGACUAGUCCCAUCAAGGUGUGCAGUUGUGAUUCCGAGUACCCAGGGGCAAAUCGUGUGCCACCCUUCCCAAAGCCACAAUGUCGCAAUUCUGUACAAUGCCAGCUGGAGAGAGGAAGAUGCAUGCAGCGGCUAUUUCUCGAGAGGUCCACGGUGCCAAUGGGGACACCAUGGACCUGGGGAUAAAGGUUAGCACUCCCAAAGACAUCAUGCUGGAGGAGCUGUCACUGCAAUCCAACAGAGGUUCUCGUCUUUUCAAAAUGCGCCAGCGAAGAUCGGAGAAAUACACGUUUGAAAGUAUCCAAAAUGAGGCAAACGUGCAGCUGAGUAGCGAUUUUCUAGCUGAAAAUGCAGACAGUGCCGAAAACAAAGAGGGAUCGAAAACACUUCCUUACACACCCACCCCAGGAAACCCAGAAAGCAUUGCACCAGGAUAUGGAGGCCCCUUGAAGGAUGUCCCUGCAGAGACGUUCAACUCUACAGCUAUACCCAAGUCCUACCAUUCCCCUUGGGAGCAGGCUAUCAUUAACGACCCCAACCUGGCCGCGACCCUCAAUAUCAGGAUGCCUGUCCCUGAGCCCAGACCAGAGGCUCCUGACUACAAGAGCUUUAACAGGGUGGCCACACCAUUUGGUGGUUUCGACAAAGCCCCCCGGAGCAGCGGGAUCACGUUCAAGCUGCCCGAGAUCGACCUAAACCUCCACAACUACUCUGAGCUCCAAGACCCAGGGGUGAAACGGCCCACCUUCAACAGGGUCGCCCAGGGAUGGAUAUCCGACGGCAUCCCACUGAUCCUGCCCACCGUGCCUCUGGAACCUAUGCCCAUCCCUGAGUCCGAUGACCUCUAGAUGACCUUUAGAUGACCCAUAAUACCCUGGAAAGACAAGAGAGCACUAGUCUGACAAAAUCCACUGCUGGCACCUCUAACCAUACUGCCUGAUCUGCGAUAUAGGGGUUGGAGCUGAAGCCUAAAUCAUGAUUUCUGAUUAUGUGCAACCGACGACAAACUGAUGGUUUAAAAUGGGGCUUCCGUGCUGCCCUGUUUCAAUUCUGUGCCAUUUGCCUGAGUAAUGAUACUGAUGGUUAGUUUUGCAUUGUGUAUUCAGAGAAUAACAUGUAAAUAAAUAGCACACAUGGCUGAAAUGUUAUUGAAAUGUCUAAGACAAAAUAAAUAUGAGCAAUACAUUGAAACUUCAAUGCAUCUUUUGGCUUAUAUUGGAUAUCAGAUCCAAAAGUAUCUUUGUCUUUUAAUUAUGUAGACAUGUUGCCUAUUAAUCUUUUAGAAUGGGCYUAUCGAUGUGCAAAUAAAAAAGAUCUAUCUCUUUGUCAUGA